AGGAUGCUCUGAGAGCUUUUUUUUUUAUUUUUUUAUCACCAGGGGCUGGACUGGCUUUUGCUUUGCUUUAUAAACGCUGUGCGCAGCGGCCAGGGCUCCCGAAACUCCCGGGAUUUCUGCCGGAAUCGCUGGGGUCGAGAUGCAUUUCCGUAAUUUCCAUUACAGUUUCGGCUCGCUCAUCGCCUGCCUGGCUGAUGGGGAGGUCUUCACGCAGCCAGAAGCAAGGGCCAAAUUUGAAUCCCUGUUCCGACCCUACGACAGGGAUCUCACCUUUCAGUAUUUCAAGAGCUUCAAAAGGGUGAGAAUCAACUUCAGCAACCCUUUGUCUGCAGCAGAUGCCAGGAUCCAGCUGGACAAGACAGAAUUCCUUGGAAAAGAACUCAAACUCUAUUUUGCUCAGACUCUGCACAUCGGGAGCUCGCACCUGGCGCCCCCCAAUCCCGACAAGCAGUUCCUGAUCUCGCCGCCCGCCUCUCCUCCCGUGGGCUGGCAGCAGGUGCAGGACGCCACGCCCGUCAUCAACUACGACCUGCUGUACGCCAUCUCCAAACUGGGACCAGGCGAGAAGUACGAGCUGCACGCCGCCACCGCCACCACCCCCAGCGUGGUGGUGCACGUGUGCGAGAGCGACCAGGACGACGCCGACGCCGCCGAGCGCGACGCCAGGAAACCCAAGCCCAAGAUCGUGCAGACGCGGCGGCCGGAUUACCCCGCUUACGCCCCGGCCCAGCUGGGCUGAGCUCGCGCCCGGCCUUCGGAGCGCGAGAACCCGCUCGGGCCGAGGGAGGCCGAGUCCCGGCUCCGGUUCGCUCCCGGCGGAGGAGAUCCCGCGCCGGGUUCGGCCCCGAGCGGAUUCCGGCGGCCCUGGGGAGGGAGGACGGCAGGAAGAGGGGGGGGGGACGUUUUGGGGGGCGCAACGGGAUAAAACCCCGGGCGUGUUUUCGGGGGAGGUUUUUCUCCUCGUUGCGAUUCCCGUAAAUCCUCCGAGCGACGGGCGCUUGGGAGAGCGGGGAAGGACGAUGGGAGCUUUGGGGGAGUUGAACCCUUUUUUUUCUCUAACGCUAGGUUUUUGUGCAUGUUUCUUCCUCGGUCUUCUGAAGUCAUUUGCUUUCUUUUUCUAGAGUUUCUCCCGAGUUUUUUCGGAGAUCUGGGAGCGGGUUCGAGUGUUUAUUAUCUCAGCAUCCCAGAAUUCCUCCUGGAUGUGUACAUAACAUGAUGUAUUUAUAUUUGGGGUUAUUGGCACUCGUUUUGCAGCAGGAUCCGAUUCUUCCAGCACCUGCUUUCGGUGCUCUGGGAGUUGUGCUUUUUAAAAUUUUAACCUUGGAAAUUCCUGCAGAGGGUUUUUACCUGGCGGAGCAACGGGAAAAAAAACCCGUGCAAUAGGAGAGUUGUUGGAAUACAUGGAUUUUAAAUUAUUUCAGUUCAGGUAAUUUAUAUCUUCAACAGGAUUUCUUUGACUCGUGGGUGGGGGGAAAAAAGGACUCAAAUAAUGCUGAUUCAGAGCAGGGGGAUUUUUCCUGUUAAAAAAAAAAAAAUAUAUAUAUAUGGAGAAACUUGAAUCUGCUUUUUUGCCGAGUAAAGAUUUGAUAGGGAUUGGAAAAUCCCACCCAGGAAGCAGCAAGGAGAUCUGGAGUGCCUUUUCCUUGUCCAUUCCUACUCCAAGCUGCACACUUGGAUCUUUUUCUACUUGGCUUUGGAUAUCCAGAAUUCCAAACUUUCUGAGCUUUGCUUCCAAACUCAGCUGGCACGAAAUGCUUAAUGCCAAGGAAUGCUGAUUUAAGCAGCGGGAAUACGUGGGAGAAGCUUUAGGGCUUUUUUUUUUUUUUUUUUUUAAUGGCAGUGUUUUAAAGCUCCUAAAUGCAAAUUUCAAAGAAAAAAAAAAAAAAAGGCAGAAAUAUUUUACUACUGUUUUAUAAACUGGAGAUCCUCACCUUGAAAACAGGGUCCAGGAUUUUUUUUAGAAGAGACAGGAGUUGCCACCCAUCGAAAAUACCACUUGGGGUCUUGGAAAAGGGAUGUUUGAGCCUCUUGUUGUGGUUUUGGGACUCAAAAUGGGGCUCUCUCUCUGUUUGCUUUCGCCUCAGUUGGGCUGAGAAGAGAUUGAAGCAAACGUUGACUGAAAUUCCUGGUUCACUCCUUGGUUUUUUUAAACGACGUUUGUUUUCAAAAAGAAUGGAGCCCACUCCAGGCCACGGUGCAGGGAAACAGGGUGCUCUGGAAGGCCUGGAAUUCCUGAUUGGAGCAGCAGCCUGGGCCUAGAGACCAGCAGUACACUGAAUUUUCUGCUCUCGCUUGGAUUGUUAUUCCCUGGAAACUGGAACAAAGCCGGGUUCUGGCGUCUGAGUGGCCCUGGCUCCGUGGGAGCUGUUGAGAAGAGCAGAUUCCAUGGAUUGCCGGAGCCGGGGACACAGGAAAAUCAGAUUAUUUUGGGUUACCCUCAGCUGGCUCCACGUGCUGCAUUCAACGCCCAAAAUAAAGGAAUGGAAUGGAGGAAAAACUUGGUAGGUUUGCAACAACUGCCUCGAAGCCUUUCCGAGCCUUUUCCAUGUUUCUCAGAUGACCGCUGGACUUUGUGUCUCACCGCGUUCAGUUUGAAACGUUGGGAAUUAUUCCUGUCCUGGCCUUUUUUCCACGAAAAAUCAAAGCAUGAGUUUGGCACUAGAAACCCAGGUGGCUGCUGCUGUGUUCCCUACAGAAGCAGAGCCGCUUUUCAGCUCAAACCAUCAGGAAAUCGGAUUUUUGUCGUUUUAAUGCCUGAGGUGGGAACCAUGGAAAUCUUGGAAUGCUCGCGGUGUGUUCCUGCUUGGAUCUGCCACCUGCUGUCCUCAUGACUCCAGUGUGCUGCUUGCUUUUUCUGGUUCUUUUUUUUUUUUUUUUUUUUUUUUUGUAAUGUUCCAAUGGAUGCUUGGUUGGUAUUUUAUACACUUGUAUAGCACGGGGCAGAUUGAAAUUAAAAUAUUUUGUUGUCUUCUUGUAAA